GGCGGCCGCUUCCGGCCCCCCGUUCCUUGGUAACAAUGGAGCAGAAAAUGGCCGCCUGAGCGGGCAGGAGGCGGCGCGGCGGCGGAGCGGCACGGGCGGAGCGCGGACAGCCGGCACCCAGCCCCGAGCGGCGCGGGCAGCGGCGCACCCACAGCCGGGGCGGCGGCGGGCGUCGGCGGCGGCGGGCGGUACUUUUCUACUCAUCAAGAUGGAAAGCUCAGAUUCUAGUGAUAAAGGAAGUAUUGAUCAAUCAGAAGCCCAACGCCAGAGCCAGCUGGAUCGGUUAGAUCGAGAAGAAGCUUUCUAUCAGUUUGUGAACAACCUGAGUGAAGAGGACUACAGGCUUAUGAGAGAUAACAAUUUGCUAGGAACACCAGGUGAAAUUACUGAAGAAGAGUUGCUGAGAAGGCUACACCAAGUUAAAGAAGGUCCGCCACAGCAAAACAGUGAUGAGAAUAGAGGUGCAGAGUCCGCAGAAGAUGUUUCAAAUGGAGAUUCUAUAAUAGACUGGCUUAAUUCAGUCCGACAGACUGGAAAUACAACACGAAGUGGGCAGCGAGGAAACCAGUCCUGGAGAGCAGUGAGCCGGACUAACCCAAGUAGUGGCGACUUCAGAUUCAGUUUGGAAAUAAAUGUCAACCGUAAUAAUGGGAACACGAAUCCAGAAACUGAGAAUGAGCCAUCUGUAGAGCCUUCCAAUGGGGAGGAUUUGGAAAACAGCCAAAGUGACUCUGAAAUUCCAAGGUCUGAAUCACCGUCUGUAAGGCAGCCUGGAUCAGAAAGGAGCAGUGCGGAGGAGCUGACAGCUGAGGAGGCUUCCCCUCCUAGAGGGCAGAGGAGAGCCAGGAGUAGGAGUCCAGAGCAGCGGCGGACACGGGCUAGGACUGAUAGAAGUAGGUCACCUAUUAAUGCAGUGAGUGAGGCCCCUCGCAGGUCUCAUCACAACACAUCAUCUCAAACACUUGACCACUCCUCAGCGAGCGAGGCUGAAGGUAGCUCUAGAACCAGGCAGCACGUGACGUUAAGGCAGCACGCAGUGGGGACUGAGGUGCCAAGUGAAAAUGCAGUUCUGUUUUCCCCCCCUGAAACGAGGCCUGCUCCUCAAGCAGCAGGUUCUUCAGAAACCACCGGCACCAGUGAGUCCACAGCUCCUGGGCAGAGGCCUCCCACCAUAGUGCUUGACCUGCAGGUGAGAAGAGUUCGCCCGGGCGAGUACCGGCAGAGGGACAGCAUAGCCAACAGGACCCGCUCCCGGUCCCAGACCCCCAACAACACGGUCACCUACGAGAGCGAGCGCGGAGGCUUCCGGCGCACCUUCUCCCGCUCGGAGCGGGCCGGCGUGAGAACUUACGUCAGCACCAUCAGGAUUCCCAUCCGCAGGAUCUUAAACACCGGCCUGAGCGAGACCACGUCAGUCGCCAUCCAGACCAUGCUGAGGCAGAUCAUGACAGGCUUUGGGGAGCUCAGCUACUUCAUGUACAGCGAUAGCGAUGCAGAUCCUAGUGGGCCAGCUCCCAGUCAGAACGUGGAGACUUCUGAGCCGCAGAGCGGAGGCGGGGGCGCCUCGGGCAAUGAGAACGCAGAUGUUAGCUCAGGGGAGGUGUACGAGGGUGGGCACGAGGCUAGCUCAACAUCUGGUGCCAGGCGGGAAGGCCGGAAUAUGAGGGGAUCGGUCACUUUUGAAGAAAGUGGUUCUCUACCAUUCCUUAGCCUUGCACAAUUUUUCCUACUCAAUGAAGAUGACGAUGACCAACCAAGAGGACUCACCAAAGAACAAAUUGACAACCUAGCCAUGAGGAAUUUUGGUGAGAGCGACGCUCUGAAAACCUGCAGCGUGUGCAUCACAGAGUACACGGAGGGCAACAAGCUCCGCAAGCUGCCGUGCUCGCACGAGUACCACGUGCACUGCAUCGACCGCUGGCUGUCGGAGAACUCCACCUGCCCCAUCUGCCGCAGGGCAGUCUUAGCUUCUGGCAACAGAGAGAGCGUUGUCUAAAGGAGAGCUCAGUCGAUGGCCAGGCAGCUGGUGUGAUAGUGAUGGGCAAAGAAGUCACUUCCUUUAUGGCCACUUUUUGAGUGGUACCUCGAUGUAUAGUAAUGACUCGGAGUGAUUCUUCCCUCAUGAAAGCAUUUUCUCUGGAUUCAAGCUUUGGGAAUUGGAAAAUUUCGUUAAUUAGGUUUUUUGAAUUCUAGUUGGUUUGGGUGUUCAAUUUCACUUGUUCGAAGACAUCUCCCCACUUCAAAAUAUUGUUUUUUCUUUGUGAAGAUAUUAAGUUCUUUCUCCUGCCCAGCCCUUGCCAUCCCUGUCCAAUAAACAGUUUGUCCUCAAGAUUAUGCUUCUGAGGAGUUAUUUGAGAAGUUAUCCCAGCUCAGUGUCCAUGAGUCAUAGAGGAAUUUUUGCAAGAAAUCCAACUCUGAAAAAAUAAUAUUAAUUUUAUUGCACAUUUGAACAUACUUUUAAUUUUCCUCUUGGGUUAAUAUUGGACAUGUCUGUGUAAAUAACACUAAUGUUAGCCCUUUCCCCAUCACUAUGGCACGCUGUAGGAUGAGCUGUUAGCGUAAUUGGGAUAUUUAUCUUGUUGUGGAAAUAUAAGAAUUGCCUAUGCUUGUUUAAAUAAAGGAAAAAAAUCUGUUUUAAAAUUGUAAAGCUUUUUUGUAGAAGCUCAGUACUUUUCCAAUGCACUGUUGUACUAACGCAUUAAGAAUUAAAAUUGUACCAUGCUUAGAUAUCAAGAACGCUUUUCAUACAAACCCCACUACACAGAGAGCAAACUGAACAGGAGAGAGCUGCUUUUGUGACUGUGUACCUGUCAAGAGCAGUGCAUAUAUGUACUAUUUAUGUGAACAGCUACUGUAACAUAAAAACAGUUGGAUUUAGACAUUUAAUUGCAUUUAAAAAAACGGAAAUUGAAUGUUAUAGUUGCAGUGUUUCGGCUCAGUAAUGCCACCAAAAAAAGAUGAUAAAAAUUAGAAACUGUUCUAAUGGCUGGUUAUUUCUUGGUGUGGUUGCAAAUAUGGAAUAGUACAAACCUGUGUGUUCUGGCUUGUUCACUGAGGUUUGUUCCCAAUUUUUCUAUCAGCUUUUCCUCUCAGUUUUUGAGGCAAUGUUGUAACUUCAGCAAACAAAUACGGACAGGUUGGUUUUUAGUUCUUCACAAGCUUCAGCUGUAUUGGUAACCUCUGGAUGUGUUGAGUGGUCCGGUGUUGGUACCUUUGGUGCUAGUGCCUCAGGGAAUAACUGGAAAGCACAUCAUUAGUAUUGGGUUACAUUUUAAAAUGAAUGCACUUAAAUGUGUAGGAGAUUCUUGAGACUAACAGUAAAAACCCAACAAGCUCUUUAUAUUCCUGUUGGACAGAAUGAAAAUGAAUUUACUUUUAAAAUUAUGUACGUGACCUGUUGCAGUUGAGAAUUGGAGAACGUACCUCAACUCUCAUCAGUGUGCGUGGGGGGAAGCAUCCUUCACCCUCAGUGACCCCUUCUUUGUUUUAUUCUCUAAGGUUUUGGGUUUUUCCUGGCUUACAUAUGCAGUGGAAAUACGGUUUUUAUUUAUUUCCACUCUAGGGCAGAAUUUCUGAAGGGAUAUGAGCUGCUCUUGCUGGCUGGAUGGGAAAUGUUGCUUGUUCCUCAGAUGACAAAACCAAAGCUGGCCUAUCUCUUUUUUCCUAAUUAAAACACAUUUUUGGUGUGUUUUAUAGUGGUGGGUGCAUUAACUAUAACUGCUGCUCUAAGCCAUUUUAACAUCUCAUCAGCUAGUUCAGGAUUCCACAGCAUCCUUUCUGGACUUUUUUUCCUCCAUGUGCAUUUAGUGCUGUUGUUUCAGUGGGAAGCCCUGGCUGUUGAGCUCGCUUUCCUCCUGGUGGGACACGCCAUCAUGGCAGAGGGAACAUGAGGGAUCUUUGGGAACAGAGCAAUCAGUCAGCUCAGGGGUUUGGUUUUUUCCCUUGGACACACAUCACUGUAAAAUUGGAGUUGGCUGUUGAUUCUGGGUGCUGCGUUCUCUGUGCCAAAAUUUCACAGCAAAAUAACACUUCUGAAUUUCACAGAGCAAAUACUCACUCUCAGUUGCAGUUUCCAGACUUACAGAGCAUAGAAUUAGAAGGAAAAAAAAAAACCCUCUCUACAUGAGUACCAUGUUAGAUGUUGAAAGUCAGAGAUGUUAAUCUCAGACUAGAGCUGGUGACCACCAGGAAGGGAGCCCAUUUUCCCAAACCCACGCACAGCAUGGCUGUGGUACCUGCCACCCCAUGUUUUCCAUGGAAUUUCCACCUUCGUAGAACUGCUCUCACAGAUUUGUUAUAGCUUAUGGCAUGUCUUAACAUUUUAUCUUUCUGUAACAAGAGCAAUUAAUAAAAUCUUGGAGGUUCCCCAAA